AUGGAUUUUAAUUCAAGAAAGAAGAAAAAGAAGAAUAAUGAUUUAUAUGAAGAAAAUAUUAAUAUAUAUUUAGAAGAAAAUGAUAAUUAUAUAUUAGAUUUGGAAAAAAAGGUUCAGAGUUUAAAGUUGGUAAGAUCAAAUUUAAGAGAUGAAGUAAGGACAUCAAAUUCGUUGUUGGAUAAUUUGUCAGAUCGUAUGGAGAAUGUGAACAAAAAAUUGUCAGGAGUUUAUAGACGUGUUAAAAAUAUUUUAAGAACAAAGGGAAAUAAUUAUAUGAUGUACCUUAUAUUGUUCUUCUUAUUUUUAUUGUUCUUUAUGCAUUAUUUAUACAGGAAAAACAAAUAA